AUUAAACAGCAGAGAUAUUUUGUUCAGCUGUGGCUGCGAGCUGAAGGGGAAGAAAGAAGUGAGAAAAACAAGCUGGGUCUGUUAACCAGUGAGUUUGUUCUUUAGCGUUACCGUAGACAACAUUUUUAGGUUAAACACUGAGUUUAAAGCUAGAAAAACCCAGUACUUUUUUAUUUUUUUGAAAAACCCAGCGACUCAAAGGAAAGAUGACCUCAGUAUACAGAAGCCUUCAUGACAACCAUGUUUCAAACAAAGGCAGGAGGACCAGCUGUGUGACAUUGGCUGUGAUUUUGGGCUGUCUGACUGUUCUCGGUGUUAUUCUUGCCAUCGCUGUGCUGGAGAGACCAACACCUAAAAACCAUGACACUCUUCCUGAAGACACUGGUGGGCUCAACCUCACUGACCAGUGCAGCAUGACCCUUGUGGAAAGUAUUCCUCUAUAUCUAAAAUAUGAAAGCAAUGCAACUUUUGGGAUCCCUCUGGAGCAAGCCUGGAAAGACCUUAUCUCCCGAGCAUCACACAGCGUGAAUGUAGUCUCAUUCUACUGGACGUUAACAGGGGAGGACAUCAACGUCAACUCCUCCACUGAUAUUCCUGGAAGGGACAUCCUGCAAGCGCUUGGGGAACUUCCCUCCAGGAACAUAUCUGUGCGCGUGGUGAGCAGUGUUCCCACAGUCAAAACAAACUCCACAGAUCUAAAGAUCCUAAAACAGAAAGGAGUUCAGGUGAGAAGAGUAGAGUUUGGUCGCCUGACGGCAGGCGUCCUCCACACCAAGUUCUGGAUUGUUGACAUGAAGCAUGUGUUCAUUGGAAGUGCCAACAUGGACUGGAGGGCUCUGACCCAGGUAAAGGAACUGGGAGUGGUGGUCUAUAAUUGUUCCAGGCUUGCGAUGGACCUUCAUAAGAUCUUCCAGUCCUAUUGGGUAAUGGGGAAACCCAACAGCUCCCUGCCACAUCCUUGGCCUGCAAAUUAUUCCACUAACAUCAACAAACAGCACCCUCUGCUGGUAAAAGAGGGUAACAUCUACAGCAACCUUUACAUUGCUGGUUCUCCUCCAACUUUUUGUCCUCCAUCAAGGACUCAGGACCUGGAGGCGAUACUGUCCUCCAUCUCAGAGGCUGACAAAUUUGUUGAUGUUGCUGUCAUGGAGUAUUUCCCCACCACUCGAUUUGAAAAGCCUCACAAAUACUGGCCUUUCAUUGAUGAUGCCAUUAAGAUAGCUGUGUUUGAAAGGAAAGUGAAGAUCAGGAUGUUGAUCAGCUGUGGCCGUGAUUCUGAUCCAGCCAUGUUGCCCUUUCUUCAGUCUUUGGCUUCAAUGGAUUACCCACUCCAUCACAUCAGCAUCCAAAUAAAACUGUACAUUGUCCCCGUGGGAAAUCAGUCUGAUAUUCCAUACACCAGAGUCAAUCAUAAUAAAUACAUGGUGACUGAUAAAGUUGCAUACGUAGGUACCUCCAACUGGGUGGGUGACUACUUUCUGACCACAGCUGGAGUGAGUCUGGUCAUUUCCCAGAACACUCCUCACUCUCCAGUGAACAAUAAGACCCUGUACCACCAGCUGAAGGACGUAUUCAACAGAGACUGGCACUCAGAAUUCGCUGUCCACCUCGGGGAUCUGGGACACAAUCCAGACUGUGCUCUAGCACCGAGAUGACUGAUGCUUUUAUCAAACAACUACAAAUAAUUUAUUUUUGCUUUUAUUGCAACAUUUCCAUCAUAACUGUUGCUUUGCAUUGUUUUAUUUUCAGUAUCAGCAUUUUAUAUAAUUUUACUAAGUUUCUCUGAUGCUUUAGUUAGAGGUUCUAUUAGUUCCUUAUUGAUUUCUAUGUAUCUUUACCUGCAUUCCUUCUUUACUUCUCAAUAUAUGGAAAUAAUAUAUCACAUUCAGUCUAGUUCAGCUGCUAGAUUUUAAGUUAUUAGUUAGCUGUUUGUGUCAGAAGCAUAGAUGGAGCUUUAUCAUAGCCUUUAGAUCUCAUUACUGUGUGAUUGCCGUUAACAUUUGCAAAAAAUCAAACGAUAAUGCCAGAAUUUAAGCCUGAACUAAAGUAGGUUUGAGAAGACAAUUUCAUAGACGCAGCUACAGCUAUGAAAAUGUCUUUGUAGCUUUUGCUUAGCACAACAUAAGAUUUUACGUUAUUUUUCAUAAUUACCUUUAAACAGAAAUUAUAGAGAAACACAACACAAUAUUUUAAAGGUUGAAAAUAUGCACAUUGUGAUAACUUUUAUCUUUUGUUGGAAGAAAAAAAUCUAUUCCUGCAGAACACACACAUAUAUUGUAGCCAAGACUGACUCAUCUGUAUCUACUGUCAAAUCUUUUUAAAUAUUUUUCUCAGUAUUGCUGUAUGAUUUAUUGAUUUCCUCAACAUAGAAACUAUGAAAUGAUUCCCUGACAGCAUCUUUUGUAUGGAUAGAUACUGGGGAGAUGCCUCGAGGUAGUGUGUUUAACAUAAAUCUUCAAGAAAAUAUCAGAAAAGAAUGUGCCUUAGGAAGAACUCCUGAAUGAUAAAUGUGGAACCACAGACUAACAGGAACAAUAAAUAGUCUUUGAUAUUGGUUCUUGUUCAAAUCAAAAGCAAACUAAGUUGUUUAUAGAAGCCACUGGACUUUCUGUGAGCACCAAAGAAGGAUGCAAUACAAAGAAUGUAGAUUUCAAAACUUCAAAUCUGUUAUGUUUAAAAGAAAAGAUUCAAUAAUUUUAAAUCCUUGACAUAGGGAAAAUUAAAUUAAAAUUAACUUAGGCUUUAAAAUAGCAUACAAAUAUACACGUUUUAUUCAUACAGAGGAAAAUCUUCAUACUUUGAUAGUCUAUCCAUCCAUCCAUCCAUCCAUCUAUUUUCUGUACACCCUUGUCCCUUAGAGGGGCUGGGAGGGGUGCUGGUGCAUAUCUCCAGCUAACGUUACUUUGAUAGUUAUAAAUAAAAAAAUACAUUUUUGUAUUUUAUUCAGUCAAUGAACUGGUUGCUAGCUCACUAAGUGAACUAGCAACCAGUGUUGCUAGUUCAGUCAUUUCAAGGAUAUGUAACUACAAAUUGAUCAAUAAAUAAAUGACAUCCGGCACCUCGUUCCCGACUCUAUUGGGUUUGUAAUAGAGCCAUAAAGGCCAUAAACCUGAAUGUUAGUCUCAUUGUAUGACAAUAAUAAGUAAAAAUACCACGGUUUUGUAUGUAUAAUUAUGGUAUUAGCACAUUUUUUUUUAAAAACAAAUGUAAAAUGGUGUAAUUUUUACAUUCAAAUUCAUUUUCUUUAAUACAAAAUACAAGGGAUCUCA